CAAGAAAGACCUAAAUUUAACAAAUUAAUUUUAUCAGAUAUUGCUAUUCAUUUAGUUUUUACAUCAAUUCAUACUGGUCAAAUUAGAAAUUUAAUUGGAAUUGCACCAUUUGCAGGAAUUGAUGUUAAUGAACUUAAUGCUCAACAAUUAAUGAAUCAUUAUAAAAUUCCUGUUGCUGGAGGUGAUACUAUGAUGACUCCCCUACUUUCAAAAAUGGGAUUAAAUUUUUAUCUUGUUAGAAUUUGUGAUAAAGAUUUAGCAAAAAAAAUACAAGAUGAUGUAACACCAGCAGACAUUCUCAAAAAUUUAGAAAAAUUAGAUAAUCCAGAAUUAAAAGAUAAUUUCGAUAUUUUAGCAACAUACUAUGGUGAAAUUUCUUGUGAUAAUACUGAUGAACAAAAUGUGUGCAUGCUUCCUGAAGAAGAUGAAAUAAAUACAAAUAUAUUUGAUAUAGCAAAUUUUGCAUUAAUCAUGAUAGUCGAUUAUAUGCAAGAUCCUAGAUAUAUUACAGAUCUGAAUAGUUAUUUCUUAGGCCAACAAUUUUUAUUUAAUGCAGGUCAAACAGAUGAGAAAAUGCUACCACCACCUCAAGCAAAACAACCUGAACAAACUCUAGCUUCAGAUUUAUUUAAUCAAUUAAAAAAAGAAAUUGAAGAAACACAAAGAUCUAAUACUAUUAAAUUAAUCAAUAAUGGUAAUUUAGACAAUAAAAUUAAAAAUACAAAAUUAUCAUCUAAUCAAACUGAAGAAUUACAAAAAUUACGAUUAUCAAAAUUGGAUAAAUUAUGUCUUAAACAAUACAAUACUAUUGAUAAUGCCAAAUAUCUUAAUAAUAAUCAAAAAACUGAAUUAUAUAGACUUCGAAACAGUCAAAAAUGGGAAAUUCAAGGAUCAAAAAAAUUUGAACAAUAUAAAUCAGAAAUUGAAAAUGAAGCAAUUAUUUCUAAUUUACUUGAUAGAAAAUCAUAUGAUAUUUUAAUAUCAAAUGAUAGUUUGUUAACAGAACAACAAAAAAAUCAACUUUAUACAUUAAGAAAACAAAAAAUUCAAAUCUUAACAAAUAGUUUAUUUGAUGAACUUAAAGAUAAUAUAAAAAAUGAAUGUGUUUUGAGUAAAUUAGAAGAUAAAGGAUACUAUGAUAAUAGAAUUAAUGAAAUUCAAGAUGAAUUAUAUGAUGUUAAUUCAGAAUUAAUCGAUACCAUUCAAGAUUUAAAUGAACUUGGUGAUAAUUCAGAUCUUGCAAAUGAUAUAUUGAAAUUAAACCAAACUUUACUUACUGGAGAUAGAAAUAUAA